GUCAAAAGCUACAUGUUCAUCGACAAAGUUCUGAAUUGUUCAAACCCACUGGGCUCCAUUAAAGUCUGCUUCUUUGUAUUGUCUUUCUAAAGGGUCAUUUGAAAAUAAGACAACUACACCAUGGAAUCCAACUGCAUCUCCCUGUUGCUGCUGUUGGCAGUGCUGGGAUCACUGAUAUCAGGUUUAGAGCCUACCUCGGGAAUCCCUGGGAUAUCAGGGUGUCAUGGAACACCAGGAGUGCCAGGCAGAGAUGGCAGAGAUGGCAGAAAAGGAGCAAAAGGAGAACCAGGGCUCCCUGGUUCGGUCCGUACUCGGGGCGAGAGCGGUGACAAGGGAGAUCCAGGAAUCAUGGGCCCAGUCGGGAAACGAGGUCGGAGGGGGCCAUCUGGUGACAAAGGCGAUCCCGGCAUCCGAGGAGAGAAAGGGGAGAAGGGAAGUUCAGGAGACCACAAGAGCACAUUGAAAUCUGCCUUUUCUGCAAAAAGGGGUGGAUACGAAUACCCACCUCGAGACACACCCAUCAGGUUCAGUAAAGUCAUCUCUAAUGACCAAGGCCACUACGACAGCAACACAGGAAUCUUCACCUGCAACAUUACGGGCCAUUAUUACUUUGUGUUCUAUGCCACUUCAGAUAAUAACCUGUGCAUGAACCUGAAUAUGAAUGGUGUGAAGAAAGCUGGCUUCUGCAGUCACGGGGAAUUUCAUCAGGUCUCCUCAGGGGGUAUUGUGCUUCAUUUGAUGGCCAAUGACAAGGUCUGGCUCGAGGCAACAGAUUACAAUGCCUUAAUGGGGAAAGAAGAUCAUGACAGUGUCUUCAGUGGGUUCCUUCUCUUUCCAGAUUAAGAAUUCAAAGACUGAAGGGAAAUCUUUGACCAAAUACUCUGUUGAAAAUUAUACCAGAUUGUCUUUACUAUAUAAAACAGUUGCUUAUUAAAACCAACACAAUGUGAGCUUCCUUCUCUGAUUCAUGUCCAAAAGUGAAUGGAUUUUGUGCCUUGGAACCAUACAGAUUCCCUGCCAAAGAACAGACAAACAGCAAAUCCAAGAAAUCACUGUAAGAUGCAGAUGUGUGAGAUAAGUUCCACACAUGGCUUGGGAAACUGCUGGUUGCCUGUUUGAGAAGCUGAACUUUGAAUUACAUUGAGUACUUACCACACCCACGGUUACAACACCCACGGUUUACCACUUUGCAGAUAAAUAACUCGGCUGAUUCAGCUGAUGAGCCAAUCCCAGGGGGGAAACAUGUCAGUAUUGCUUCCAUCCACAGCAAAUGAGGCAUUAAUCAAAGAAAUCACAGGCAUGGUAUAACCUGGAGAUAUUCAGUCAACCCCGACCCAGCCCCAACCCCAACCACAAACCUAGUCAAUUCCCUCUCAGUGCCCCCGACACCAUACUUUUCACCAUGGACUUUGAAAGCCUGUACACAAAUAUAGAGACGGACAGGGGCAUCGAGGCAGUCAGAGAGGUCCUGCAGAAAUACCCAGACCCGGAGAGGUCAGACGAGGCUUUAAUCAAACUCCUCCGGCUGAGCCUGACAAAGAAUGACUUUGAAUUCAAUGAUGAAUUCUACCUACAGGUCAAAGGCACGGCAAUGGGAAAGAAAUUUGCCCCAGCUUACGCCAACAUAUACUUGGCAAAGUGGGAGGAGACAGUCUUCCCGAAAUGUCCCAAAAAACCCAUGUGCCUCCACAGAUAUCUAGAUGACAUCUGGGGUGUCUGGACACAUUCUGAGAGAGAGUUAGAGGGAUUCAUCAAAAUCCUGAACACACAUCACCCCUCCAUAAAAGUGAAGGCCGUCAUGAGUAGAGAGAAAGUGGAUUUCCUAGACACCACCAUUUUUAAACUAGCAGCAGAAAAUGGUAGGCAGAAACUAGCGACUAAAGUCUUUUUCAAGCUGACGGACACUCACACCCUCCUGCACACGGCGAGCCAUCACCCCAAACACACCUUCAAGGGCAUCGUCAAAUCACAACUGAGCCGCUUCCACCCCAUUUGCAGCAGGGAGGAGGAUUUCAAGCAGGCCACGACUAUUCUCUACACGGCUCUUAGACAGAGAGGUUACAGUAAACGCAGACUCACACACAUCAAAUCCGAUUUCUUGAGAGGCCUGACAGACCCCAGAGCGCAGAAUAGGGCAACAGCCAAGCUUCCACUGAUAACAGGGUACAGUAGGACGGCCAUGGAUAUCCACACACUAAUUAAAGCCGCUUCUGACAACUGAAGGGAGAGGUGAGCUCACUGGGGGCAUACACGAUAGUGUCAGCUUUUCAAAGGGCCAAGAAUCUGAGAGACCCCUUAGUUAGUAGCAAACUGUACACAGCUCCGAACUGUGGCGGGAGACACUGCAGAGCAUGUAAACAUUUAAAAAUAGCAAAAAGCAUCCACAACAGAGCGACAGAAAAAUGGGCACGGAUGGAGCAGAGGAUAACCUGUGGGCAGGAGAAUGUAGUCUAUGCCAUCCAGUGUAAAGAGUGCCACAUCUUAUACAUAGGGGAAACAGGUAACAGCCUAAGGGUGCGACUGACAGGGCACCUGAGUACGAUGACAGGGCAAGAGCAGAGCAGACCUGUCAGCAGGCAUUUCCAGCAGCACGGGAUCCAGUCUUUAGAGAUCCUGGGCCUGGAAACAAACCUGAACUGAUCAAGCUCCCAGAAAAAGAGAGCAGAGAAGAAAUGGAUUGAGUUAUUACAAACCCACUCCCCAAACGGUCUAAACCAAGGCUAAAAAAAUAAAUAAAUAAAAACUUUAAAAAUUCAGAAUCGGGCCUAGUAAAUCAGGCUUAAAAAGAUUAGGGUCACACGUUCCCGAUGAAUUUGACUCUGACUGGGGACCCAAUCCCAAAAAAAGAUCUUCCCCCUCUUCCCCCUCAACUGACAUACACUCCCACACCCUGACCCAGACAGAACCCACCCCCAAUAGACCAGCUCACAUGUACCACCCCCUCAUCCCACACUCCUCCCGAUACAUUUAAGUUAGGGUCGAAGACAACUUUUGUCCCCCAACACAGACCAGGCAACACUCACCCCUUCUGACCACACACACACUCACGACAUGCAUCCCGAUAUACAGAUCACAGACAGCUUCCUCACACAGACCAGCCAACGGGCACCCCUCCCAAUCCCACAUACACUCACGUACGUUCCCCCCAAACACUUACAACCGGGUCCCAAAUUCACCACCACUUCCCCCAGCCCCUUCCCCUAAACCUAACAUUACACAAGCCAACAGCCCAACUAACCCUUACCAACAGCCCAACUAACCCUUACCAACACCCUCACUAGUAAUGACCCUGCACAAGUACAAUUUCCCACCCUAUUAAGAUAUGGAUUCUGGAAUAAGGCACAGAUCACAAUAAAGACGAGUGGAACCAGACCAAGAUCAUGAACCCAUGAGCCAAUCAAAGUGGCAGGGUACAGUGAGACUGAAUCUCCAGUAAUGAGAUCAAUGAACACAAGAGGGAUAAUUUUCCCACUGCCCUCUAACUCACAACCCAACCCCAAACCCAACCCCAACCCCAGCCCCAACCCCAGCCCCAACCCCAGCCCCAACACCACCCACUCAGAAGUCUGGGUCUGUGUCUCUGCCCUUUUUACUAACACUGCAGAAGCUGCCAUGAGUCUGCUCCUUACUGCAGUGAUUUUCAGUCAACAACUUGUCCUGGAAGCAAAUUAUAUCCCUCAGAUAUAUUGAUAAUCUCUCAAUUUACAAUUCUGUGUUGUCCUUCAGUAAUAAAGUUCACAAUUUUAUUGUUGACAGAUUAUAUCAUGCAUACAAUAUAAGAUGUGAUGAGAAGGAUGUCCUACUUGCACAAUGAAUAUAUUAUCAUAUUCUGUCACGUAAAUACCUGCAUAUUUCAAUAGGAACUUUGAAGGAUCAAUGUCUGUCUGAAAGUCUCGUUCUCGUGAACAGGUGUUGUGUCUCGUUACUGUGGGAGUGGUCACUCCAGUAACGUGGUGGGAAAUGCAGAGAGAAGUCAUCACUUGUCAAUUACUUUAUUUUCAAUGCUUGUUACCAAAAUCUAUUCCUACAUACGAAAUGUGCACGACUGCAUUACUGAGGAAAUGUUCAAUAAAAAGUUCUUGUACUGAA